AUGGAGAACGAGGAAAGAGCUCACUUAGAGUCACAUUAUCAGAAUGAGUUGGAAUCCGUAAAGAAUGAAGUUGCUCGCAUGACCAAUCUGCUUGAGCAACUUCUAAAAGCCAAAAAUGAGGAGGGAACGUCUACCCAACCAAUUGUGGGAGCACCAGCAGCUCAUAUCCAAGGGACCUCUCAAAACUUGGGGGCAGAUUCAACGGCAGAACAACACUUUGUGCCUAUCACCUCUAUUCCACCAAGUCAAGCUCCAUUCACCGUGGAUUUAACAGCAGAUGGACCUCCCGACAAUAGGUCCACCGAUAAUAUGAACUACGACAAGUUGUCAGCUCUAGAAGAAAGAUUAAGAGCAGUUGAGGGUAAUGAUUGGUUUGAUCCUAUGCGAGCAGCAGAAGUGUGUUUGGUACCAAACAUCAUAGUACCAAAGAACUUUAGGAUACCAGAGUUCGUCAAAUACACUGGAUUGGAAUGUCAAACACUCACCUCCGAUCUUACUGCAAUAAAAUGGCUGAGUCUGGCGGGAUCUGCCCUAAGCUGGUACAUGAGGCUGGACAAUGUUAAAAUUAAGAAAUGGAAAGAUUUGGUGGAGGCCUUUCUUAAGCAAUACAAGUUCAAUUUGGAAAUUGCUCCGGAUAGAACAAGCCUUAUGUCAAUGGAAAAGAGGAGCCAGGAGUCAGUAAGGGCUUACGCGCAAAGAUGGAGAGAUGAGGCAACACAUGUCCAACCCCCUUUGAUAGAGACAGAAAUGGUCACUUUAUUCGCCAAUACCUUCAGGGCACCUUACUAUGAGCAUCUAAUGGGCAGCUCAUCUCAACAUUUCUAUGAUGUUGUACGUGUGGCAGAAAGGAUAGAGCAAGGGAUUAAAGCGGGGCGUAUAGCGGAACCGUUAGAGAAGAAAGGUUUUAUGGGAAGGAAAAGAGAAGGUGAUAUUAACAAUUUGGAAGGCGGGUACAAAGGCAAGAACAUAAAUUACCAGAACCCACAGAUGCCCACCCCUCAUUCCACCAACAUAAACUUUGCUAAACCUUUUCAAACCAAUCGAACAAAUUACCAACCAAACAACUACCAAAGGCCAAAUACAAAGUAUCCUUCGGAACAGUUGCCACCCUUACCCAUGCCCUUAAAAGACUUGUAUGCUAAAUUGUUGAGCAUAGGACAAAUAGCUCCAAUUCUUUUACCACCAAUUGAACCACCCUUUCCCAUAUGGUACAAACCAGAAUUAACUUGCGAGUAUCAUGCUGGUAACCCGGGGCACGAAAUUGAAACUUGUUAUGCUUUCAAAAGAAGGUUGCUAGAACUCAUCAAGAUGGGGUGGGUGUCUUUUGAAGAUAUGCCCAAUGUUAAUUCCAAUCCUUUGCCUAAACAUGCUGCAAGUGGAGUAAGCAUGGUAAAAGUUGGGAAUCGAAGUAAAGGGUUGAAAAUAUCCAUGAAGAAGUUGCAUGGUAUGUUGGUACAGUCAGGGUUUCUAAAGAUGAAUAAUAAACAUAAUCUAGAAAGGAGUGAUUAUUGUGAGUUCCAUGAAGAGGAGGGACAUCAUAUCAAUGAUUGCAUGGAGUUUCGCAAAAAAAUUGAGAAAAUGAUGAUUAUGGGAGAACUGAGGAUUGAAGCCAUGGAGAACGGUGAUGAAAUAAGAAUGAUGGAGGGCCAAGACAGAAAUCACAAUGCAAUGCCCUAUAAUUACGGCUAUGCCUCCAAUGUUGGAACCCCUCUUCCUUUGUUCCAAACUGAGGUUAGUGGGUUGACUAGGAGUGGCCGGUGCUUCACACCUAAGGAGUUAAGGAAAGCAAAGGGUAAGGAGGUGGUAGACCUGGGCAAAGAACUGGAAGUUAAUAAACCAGUAACUGAAGAGGAGUCAAAUGAAUUUCUGAAGUUGAUAAAGCAUAGUGAAUAUUGCAUAGUAGAUCAAUUAAAGAAAACUCCAGCUAAAAUCUCCCUUAUGUCUUUGAUACUCAGCUCUGAACCGCAUCGAAACGCCUUGCAAAAGUUAUUGAAUGAGGCAUAUGUACCCCAAGAUAUUGAACAAAAAACCAUGGAACACUUGGUGGGGAGGAUCCAUGCGACUAAUUAUCUGUACUUUACAGCUGACGAGUUAGAUGCUGAAGGAACUGGACAUAACAAACCCUUGUACAUCACCACUAGGUGCAAGGAUUGCCUCAUAGGAAAGGUGCUCGUCGAUAAUGGUUUAGCUCUUAAUGUGUUGCCAAAACACAUGCUGAAAGAAAUGCCGGUUGAUGAAUCUCAUAUGAAGCCUAGUACCAUGAUGGCAAGAGCAUAUGAUGGCUCACUAAGACAGAUAAUUGGGACUUUAGAAGUGGAGUUAUAUGUGGGACCACAAUUGUUCCUGGUGACAUUUCAGUACAUCAUGAACGGGAUGUUGGUAACUGUCAAAGCUGAGGAGACAGUAUCCAUGAUAAAUAAUGUGGUUGUACCUUUCAUCGAGGCGGAGGAUUGCAAUGAUGAAUAUAGCCAUGCUUUUGAGAUUGUGAACAAUGACUGGGUGCCUGAAAACACAGUGAUAAGAAUGCCAAGGAUCUCAGAAGCAGCAAGGAGGGCCGCUCAAUGUUUUUUGGAGCGUAAGAUUCCAUUUCAGCAUAACCCUAUCAUCGAAAAUCCAGAAAGGGUUAAUUUAAUAAUGAUGAAAGGUGCUAAUCAAAGAUUUGGGCUGGGGUAUGAGCCUAAAAAGGAGGAUCAUCGAUGGGCUGCUGGUAGAAGAAGGGAAAGAAGAAUGGCUAGGAUUCAAGGAAAAGAGCCUAAAGAAGAAGAGCUGGAAAUCCCUCCCCUAAAGGUAUCGUUCCCAAAGGCCGCAUAUGUAAUGCAACCUGAUAAAGAUUCAGAAAGCCUUAGUAAAAAACUAUCAAGCAUGGACAUAAACACCUUGGAGAAGGAUAAAGAGGAAGGAAGUGGCAUGAAUAUGGUAUCCGGAGUGGAAGAUGAAUCACUGCCACAGCUGACUGUCCAUACUCUAGAAGAAGUCUCCACCACGACAUUUUUGACAAUCAAGGCUCAUGAGAAUGAAUGGCCAAACUUUAACGAACAUGUGAUUGCGGUGGAAGAAGAAGAAUGGGAUGAAAGCAAUAUCAGAGAACUCGCAAAACUGGUGGAACAACAUGAACAGACUUGGAAGCCCGCUGUAGAAGAACUUGAAACCAUAAAUGUGGGUAAUGACCAGUCUAAGAAAGAGUUGAAAAUAGGGACCUUAAUUACUCUUGAGCAAAGAACAACGAUGAUCGCCUUACUACAAGAAUAUGCAGAUGUUUUCGCUUGGUCUUACGAGGAUAUGCCUGGUUUAGAUACAAAUAUCGUAGUACACAAGAUCCCACUGGAGGAAGGUUGUAAACCAGUCAAGCAGAAAUUGAGGAGAGCCCACCCAGAUGUUUGGAUCAAAGUCAAAGCAGAACUCGAGAAACAGUGGAAUGCAAGCUUUCUAGAAGUAGUUAAAUAUCCACAAUGGGUAUCCAAUAUUGUUGUUGUGCCAAAGAAGGAGGGAAAGAUUAGAGUUUGCGUGGAUUUCCGGAACUUGAACAAAGCUAGCCCCAAAGAUGAUUUUCCACUACCACACAUAGAUGUUUUGGUUGACAAUGCUGCACGUAGCUCCAUAUACUCCUUUAUGGAUGGUUUCUCAGGAUACAACCAGAUAAAAAUGGCUCCGGAAGAUAAGGCGAAGACAACUUUUGUUACGCCUUGGGGAACAUAUUGUUACAAAGUUAUGCCAUUCGGUCUGAAAAACACAAGGGCAACCUACCAAAGAGCCAUGGUGGCUUUGUUUCAUGACAUGAUGCAUAAAGAAAUUGAGGUGUAUGUAGAUGAUAUGAUCGCAAAGUCAAAGAAGGGAGAAGAUCAUAUAAAGGUUUUGAGAAAACUAUUUGAGAGGUUGAGGAAAUACGAACUAAAGCUCAACCCUGCAAAGUGUUCAUUUGGGGUUAAGUCCGGAAAGCUGCUAGGAUUUGUGGUAAGCGACAGAGGUAUAGAGGUAGAUCCUGAUAAAGUAAGGGUCAUCCAAUCUAUGCCGUCCCCAAAGACCGAGAAGGAGGUGAGAGGAUUCUUGGGAAGGUUGAACUACAUCGCCCGAUUUAUAGCUCAGUUGACCACAACAUGUGAACCUAUUUUCCGGCUUUUAAGAAAAAAGAAUCUUGGGACUUGGAAUGAGAAGUGUGAGGUGGCAUUCAAUAAAAUCAAGCAUUAUUUACAAAGUCCACCUUUGCUUGUUCCUCCUAUAUCAGGAAGGCCUUUAAUACUGUAUCUGACAGUGACUGAGGCAGCUAUGGGAUGUGUAUUAGGUCAACAUGACGAAACCGGGAGAAAAGAAAGGGUCAUUUAUUACUUAAGUAAGAAGUUCACUGAAUGUGAAUCUAGAUACACGGUGAUAAAGAAGCUUUGUUGUGCAUUGGUAUGGGCAACAAAAAGAUUACGACAUUAUAUGAUGUAUCACACCACUUGGUUGAUUUCAAAAGUGGAUCCAUUGAGGUAUAUUUGUAACAAACCCUAUCUCUCGAGUCGAAUUGCAAGGUGGCAAGUUUUUUUGGCAGAAUAUGAUAUAGUGUAUAUGACAAGGAAGGCCGUGAAGGGAAGUGCAAUUGCUGAUCACCUAGCUGAUAACGCUGUGGAAGACUAUGAGCCAUUAGAUUUUGAUUUCCCGGAUGAAAAUGUAUUAUCAAUCGAAGAAGAAGAAGGAAAGAUAGAUUGGUGGACCAUGUUUUUUGAUGGGGCAGUAAAUGUAUAUGGUAAUGGGGCCGGUGUAGUAAUAAUCUCUCCCGAUAAGAAGCAGUAUCCGGUAGCAGUUAAAUUACAUUUUGAAUGCACCAAUAAUACAGCUGAGUACGAGGCUUGUAUCCUGGGUUUGGAGGCCGCAUUAGAACUAAAGAUUGGAAAAAUAGAUGUGUAUGGUGACUCAAUGUUGAUUAUCUGUCAAGUGAAAGGAGAAUGGCAAACCAAAGAAGAAAAACUAAGGCCAUACCAGGAAUACUUAUCCACACUAUCAGAAGAGUUUAAAGAGAUAAGAUUCACCCAUCUAGGGAGAGAAGGAAACCAUUUUGCGGACGCUUUGGCUACAUUGGCUGCUAUGGCUACGAUUGAUCUUGGGCGAAAAGUGCAACCUGUACAUAUUGACAUCAUAAAUAAACCAGCUCAUUGUUGCUCGAUUGAAGGAGAGAUAGAUGGAAAGCCUUGGUAUUACGAUAUCAAGAAUUUUGUGAAAAAUCAGGAAUAUCCAGUAGGAACAUCAAAGAUGGAUAAGAAAACCCUAAGAAGAUUGGCCAGGGAUUUCUAUUUAGAUGGAGAGAUUCUGUAUAAAAGAUCAUUUGACGGGACCUUGCUAAGGUGUCUAAAUGAGACAGAUGCUAGAAGUGCUUUACAAGAGGUGCAUGAGGGGAUUUGCUCAACUCAUGCUAGCGGCCAUAUGGUAGCAAGGAAAAUACAAAGGGUCGGUUAUUUCUGGAUGACGUUAGAGAAAGACUGCAUCGACUAUGUCAGGAAAUGUCACAAGUGUCAAGUGCAUAGUGAUAAGGUGAAUGCACCUCUAACUCCGCUGUUUAAUCUAGCAUCUCCAUGGCCAUUUGCAAUGUGGGGAAUCGAUGUGAUUGGGCCUGUUAACCCAAAGGUGGUGAAAAAGUUCAUUGAAAAAGACUUGAUUUGUCGGUAUGGUCCACCUGAAAAAAUAGUGACUGAUAAUGCACAGAAUUUCAAUGGCAAAGCAAUAGUGGAGCUCUGUACAAAAUGGAAAAUCAAGCAUUCAAAUUCCUCUCCAUACAGACCGAAGAUGAAUGGUGCUGUGGAAGCUGCCAACAAAAACAUCAAGAAAAUUAUUCAGAAAAUGGUAAUCACUUACAAAGACUGGCAUGAGAUGUUACCAUUUGCUCUCCAUGCAUAUCGCAUUGCAGUGAGAACCUCGACAGGAGCCACUCCGUAUUCUUUAGUAUAUGGGAUGGAGGCGGUGAUGCCUUUGGAAGUAAAAAUUCCCUCGUUAAGGGUGUUGAUGGAUUCAGAACUAGAUGAGGCUGAGUGGGCCAAAGUGAGAUAUGAACAGCUAAAUAUGAUCAGUGAAAAGAGGGUAGCAGCAAUAUGUCAUCAUCAGCUUUACCAGAAAAGGAUGGCCAAAGCAUAUGAUAAGAAGGUUAGACCUCGUAUGUUCCAAGAAGGAGAUUUGGUACUAAAGAAGCUCUUAGCUUUACCAGGGGAAAAUCUAAGCAAAUGGGCUCCAAAUUAUGAAGGUCCUUAUGUAGUGAAGAAGGCUUUCUCGGGAGGAGCUCUACAGUGGUCCAGAAUGGAUGGAGAAGAUCUAGCCAGACCUGUGAAUUCCGAUUCUGUAAAGAGAUAUUAUGUUUAA